AUGGACUUCGCUCUGUGGGGUAGCGUUGGUAAGGAAACCCUAAUCAAGAGCAACAUCAACAACUGGUUCGCAUGCAAGGAAGGCACUGGUAGCAUAGUGAAACAGAAGAAGGGAUCGAUCCACUGCAAACUGGUCUGCAGUUUGCAGGUUGACCACUUCUUCUAGGUUGUUAAGAAUUGCGGUGGAGCGGUACCAAAAUCCUAGAAGUUUCAUGCGAAUGGACCCUCCUUUAGUGGAGGAGGUCAAUUUUGUUACUUUGAUGGGAGCAAAAGUAGCCAUUGGCCCACUCAUGAUCCUUGUGGUACAAAUCGAGCAAACCAGUUGAAAAACGUGCCAAACCCACACGGAAACAUUUUUAUCCGUUAA